AUGGGCCAGGGCACUAAUGACCCUAAUCGCCAGUCCCAACCUCCUUACCCACAAGCCGGUUACCCUCCUGCCGCAGCUCCCCAACCUCUACAACCUGGUGCAGCCUAUCCUAAUGCUGCUCCAAACCAAUGGUCUGCCUACGCACCUCAGCAAUCAUACCCUGGCCAAAGCCCAAAUGUCGCAUACAAUGGGUCUCCCCAACCAAUGGGCGCGGUCGAUUCGAACAUAGCUGGAUUGACCUCCCAGAUGGGCGGAUUAGGUGUCGCAGACACCGGAGCUAGGACACAUAAGAAGAAGCAUCGCCAUGCUUUCCAUGAUAUCGGAACUGGUUUGGCAGCUCCUGCUCAAGACUUGAACCAUGCAAUGACUGGCGGUGUUCCACCGGCACCUCAAUUCCUCAACACAGGGCUGAACCAAGCUGUCCAACAGCCUGACAACUCAACAAACGUGCCUCAUACAGGACAAUAUGAACGUGGAUUCACCUCACAGCCUGGAAUGGGUGGUGAAACUGAUUCAGUGGCUACCCAGGGUCGAGUUGACCCUGAACAGAUUCCCAGCAUCCCUCGAUCGCGCGACAUCCCCGCACAGUUCUAUUUUAAGAACGUUUACCCGACUAUGGACCGCCAUUUACCUCCACCGGCAUCGAUUACAUUUGUCGCGCAGGACCAAGGCAACUCUUCACCCAAGUACGCCCGUCUGUCUAUCAAUAACAUUCCUUCUACCUCCGACUUCCUAUCCUCCACCGGCUUGCCAUUGGGCAUGAUCCUGCAGCCGCUCGCACCUCUCGAUCCUGGUGAACAGCCUAUUCCCGUGCUAGAUUUCGGGGAUGUGGGUCCUCCGCGUUGUCGUCGAUGUCGGACAUACAUCAACCCCUUCAUGUCCUUCCGUGCCGGGGGUACCAAGUUUGUUUGCAAUAUGUGUACAUUCGCAAACGAUACACCGCCGGAGUAUCUUGCGCCUUUGGAUCCUUCCGGUGUUCGUGUAGAUCGCAUGCAGCGGCCGGAGUUGAUGAUGGGCACAGUUGAGUUCCUGGUGCCGAAGGAAUACUGGAAUAAGGAGCCGGUUGGACUCCGGACAUUAUUCUUGAUCGAUGUGAGCCGAGAGUCGAUCAGCCGGGGAUACCUCAAAGCUGUGUGUGAGGGUAUUGUAGAAUCCCUAUAUGGCGAAGACCCAUCCUUAGAGAGUGCCGAGGAUGACGAGUCUGCGCGGAAGUUGGCAGUUGGAUCGAAGAUCGGAAUUGUCACGUUCGACUCGGAAGUUCACUUCUACAACCUGAAGAUGGGCUUGGAUCAGGCGCAAAUGAUGGUUAUGACUGACUUGGAUGAGCCAUUUGUGCCUCUGAGUGAUGGUCUCUUUGUGGAUCCAUAUGAAUCAAAGGCUGUGAUCACAUCGCUACUACGCCGGAUCCCCAGUAUUUUCACGCACGUUAAGAAUCCUGAACCUGUACUGCUGCCCACUCUUAACGCAGCAUUUGCCGCACUUCAAGCGACUGGAGGCAAGAUCAUCUGCUCCAUCGCCAGCUUGCCAACUUCUGGACCUGGGAGUUUAGCCGUACGAGAGGAUCCAAAGCUUCAUGGAACCGAUGCAGAACGGAAGCUCUUCGUCACCGAAAAUGCGGAUUGGAAGAAGACAGCUAGCAGGCUAGCGGAGGCCGGCGUUGGUGUGGAUUUCUUUAUUGCAGCCCCAAGUAGCCAUUACAUGGACGUGGCGACUAUCGGGCAUGUUUCUGGUCUCACCGGCGGUGAAACUUUCUUCUACCCUAAUUUCCUUGCACCGCGUGACGUUUUGAAGGUGAAAAAGGAGAUUGCUCACACAGUCAAUCGUGAGACGGGAUACCAGGCACUGAUGAAGGUACGAUGCUCUAAUGGCCUUCAAGUGUCAUCUUACCACGGCAACUUUGUACAACACACGCUUGGUGCCGACCUCGAACUUGGUGGUAUCGAUGCAGAUAAGGCCAUUGGAGUGAUUUUCAGCUACGAUGGAAAGCUGGCUCCCAAGCUGGAUGCGCACUUCCAGGCUGCAUUACUGUACACAUCUGCUGACGGACAACGACGUGUUCGUUGUAUAAACAUCGUCGCCUCGGUCAAUGAAGGCAAUAUGGAAACCUUGCGUUUCGUUGAUCAAGAUGCCGUCGUGGCGAUUAUCGCCAAGGAAGCUGCCUCCAAGACACUUGACAAGAAUCUUAAGGACAUUCGGGCUAGCAUUUCCGAGAAGACUGUUGAUAUCCUCAGCGGAUAUCGCAAGAUAUUGUCGGGCUCACACCCGCCUGGCCAGCUCGUUUUGCCUGAGAACUUGAAAGAGUUUUCCAUGUACAUGCUGAGCUUGGUCAAAUCAAGGGCAUUCAAAGGUGGUCACGAAGCAUCAGACCGUCGUGUCUAUGAACAUCGUAUGAUCCGAUCAUUUGGCUGCACGGAACUAUCUCUCUACCUCUACCCACGCAUUAUUCCUAUUCACAACAUGGAACCUCAAGAUGGGUUUGCUAACCAGGAGGGACAGCUUCAAGUGCCUCCCUCGCUCCGGGCCAGCUUCUCCAAAAUCCAAGAAGGGGGCGCCUAUCUAGUGGACAAUGGCCAAAUAGUUAUACUGUGGAUUCAUGCCCAGGUCUCACCAAAUCUGCUGGAAGAUCUGUUCGGUCCUGGUCACAACACGCUCCAGGAGCUAAAUCCGAACCACUCAUCUCUGCCCGUACUGGAGACACACCUGAAUUGUCAAGUGCGUAACAUCCUGCAGUACCUCUCCACAGUGCGUGGAUCCAAAGCGGUCACCAUCCAAUUGGCCCGUCAAGGACUAGAUGGAGCGGAGUACGAGUUCGCCCGGCUCUUGCUGGAAGACCGGAACAACGAGGCCCAAAGCUACGUAGACUGGCUGGUGCACACACACAGACAGAUCAGUCUGGAGCUGGCUGGUCACCGAAAAAAGGAUGAAUCGACGAGUGACAGUACAUUAGCCGGUUUGGCAGCUAUGCGAGCGCCAUAUUGGUAG